AUGCUAUCAAUGCUGCGACAACAAUCGACACAGCUUUCGCGUCGACUGAGCCACGCAGCAACGUUCGAAGAAUUACUGGGAUGUAGCCAGGCGCUAGUCUUGAUCCAGUGCAUUCUAAUUCUCAAUGAGGGUGCCGGGCAGACUGCAUAUUCCGAACCAGUCAGUGUAAUGCUGGCUGGGGUUGCUGGAAAACUGUGGCAGCAAGCACCUAUUCAACUUCCGCAGGCUCUGAGCCCUCGACAUGCUUGGCUACUAGCUGAAAGUGUUCGGCGAACAAUUAUCGUGUGCUUCAUGCUUCGGAGUGCUUAUUCCUUGAAGACGCGGAACUAUUCAGUGCGAACGCCGUUCGUUGAUUCACUCCCUUUUGACUUACGGACCAAUUUAUGGGAUGAUGAUUCUGAGCAUACAUGGCAAGAUUCGCUAUCUAAUUUUGAUAAUUCCAUGGUCUCGUUGCACGAGUGGUCUGAUGGCUUAGCUGCAGGCCGCGUACAUGAUGUGUCUGGUUUCAGUGCGCUGAUCCUCGCGGCCUGCAAAGGUCAAUCUGUCUCGACUAUUCCAUCUCCGCCUGUGGACUGUUAUAUCGCAACCUGA